GUGUGACGUUGAGAACCAUCUUCGACUCUUCUAAUGACCUUUCUAUUCAAAAUUAUAUUAUCCAAUAGAGAAUCAUGAUGAUGAUUAAGCAUUAAGUCUAGAGAGGAAUCAUCUGGUUAAAAACAGGCUGGUUACACGCAUUCGGCUGAGUUUGGUUCAGUCUCUGAAUUUACUCAGCCUCUAGAGAUUUCUCCUAAAAUGUCCGCAUGUUUUGCUUCUUGUUGCUGCUACGCCUAUACAAGUAUCCAGGUGAAAAGAAUGGAAGAGAACCAGAUGAUGCUGAACUGGUGAGGCUCAGCAAGAGGCUGGUGGAGAAUGCUGUCCUCAAGGCUGUGCAGCAGUAUUUAGAAGAAACACAAAACAAAACUAGGCAGGUGGAUGGAAGCCCUGUGAAAACUGAAGAGCCCGUGCACUCAGACAGAAAUGACAGUGAUAAUAACAGGAAAUGAGAACUGACCAUCGCUUACAUCUCCCAGCUUUGAUUCAUGAAGUUGCGUUGACUGACUUGCCUGAUACUGGCUGUCAAAGUGUGUCUCAUUGAGAUGCGGCUCCUGUCUUAGUAUACUGUCCUAGCAGAGGUGUCUGCAAUUCUUAUAAACAAAUAGAAUGCUGGGAAUAAGGGGACAUGAAGCUAUGAAAAAGGAGAGACUUGAGUUCUGCCUACCCGUGUUUGCUAGAAUGCCUUUGUGUGACGAAAAAGGUGGAUGAGACUUUUGUCCAUGCCAUGAACGCUACAUUUAUUGCCAUGGAAGAAGCCUUGCCAUAAGUGGAAAUAAUGCCAUCUGCCUUGCUGAACAGCAGGGUUUUUUGACUGCUUGUUCUGCGGCCAAAAAUCGCAAAUUCUGCCAUUACAAAGCCAACUAGUGCUAAGUUAGUCAUGGCCAUUAUGGAAGUGAUCACCAUCAGUACAACUGACCUGUAUAUAAUGUUUCUGACGUUUUUCUGAUCAUCUUGCCUCCCUGCCAUUACUGUUAUUUACAGUAAGAGAAACAUGUAAAUUCUAUUUUUUCACAUAAUGUUACCUUUUUCUAUAAGAUAUGGACUGUUUUAAAGGCUUUUAAAAUUUCAGUUUUGAUAAGUUAGUGUGCUGUAUUUUUAUGUUUUUCAUUGACAUUCACUAAAUGCAAAAAUAUGUGAUUUUUUCCCCCCUAUAGGCAAGAAACCUGUCAUAAUCAUGGACUUAAUUAAGGAAGCUUUGCUUGGAGAAAGGAUGGGUGUGUUGUCCAAAGUCAAACAGAUAAAGG